AUGUUCGUGGCCCUGAUGCUCACGGCGGCGCUCGCGUUUCGCCCGUCGACCCCGCGGCGACCGGCGUCCCGCCUCCGCGCCGGCGACGCGCCCGAGGGUCCCGCCUGGCGGAGCGAGCUCGACGCCAUCGACGAGGCCAUGUGGCGGCGGCUGCGCCGGGAGCUCUACGGCGGGCCGGACUGCGGCGCCCCGUCGUCGCUGCGGCGCUUCGAGGAGUACUGCGGCCUGCGGCGCGCGAACGUCGCCGACGACUUCCGCGUCGUCGACGGCGGGCGCCGCGCGAUCUACCUCGAGGAGCAGUACCCGAACCUCACGGCGCGGGCCAUCUGGGACGCGGGCGACUUCGGCUGGAUCGAGCGCGUCGUGGCCCGCGUGCCGGACCUGCGGGAGGAGGUCGCGGGCCGCGCGCUCGGCUGGCGCGAGGGCAAGUGGGUCGACACGUACGGCCACGACGGCGCGUACGACAGCGGCUGGGGCAUGGUCCACCUCCGCGACGACCGCUUCCCGCGGGCGACGCGCGCCCUCGCCGGCGCGCCCCUGGCGCCGCGCUACGCGUCCAUCGCGCGCCAGCGCGCGGGCCGCGCGAUCCACACGCACAGCGACCGCGUGCCGUGGAUCCUCACGUGCCACGUGGCCCUCGAGGGGCCCGACGACGCCGCCUACAUGGUCGUCGACGGCGAGCGGCUGCCCUGGACGCCGGGCCGCGCGACGGUCUGCGACACGACCUUCUUCCACUCCGCGCACAACGACCACGCCGCGCGCGACAUGCACCUGCUCCACGUCGACUUCUACCACCCGGACCUCGGCGACGACGAGCGCCACGCCCUCGGCCUCCUCCACGCCUACGAGGCGGACGCCGCCGCCGACCGCCGCGCCGCGCUCGCGCCGGGCGUCUCCGCGCUCGAGGCCGCGUUCCGCGCGUCGUCCGCGGAGAAGUAG